CUCUCUUUCGAUGCAGUUGUCAGCUUAACUGGUAACAAUCUAGCGUUAAGCAAGAGAAAAAUGAGGUUUUUUCUAUUGAUAUUUUUACUCGCUUUAAAUGGACUUAUAAGCCCAGCGCAAAGUGGAACGUUCACGUUAGAGUUAGAGAAUUAUGCUUCGUCCGAAUUGCGGAUGCCUCGGUCAACGGCGAGCGGAAACUCAACUGUGUUGCUGAAACAAGGACAAUUUGUAGAGAUGGAAAUCUGCGUAAGUAAGGUGACAAAUAUGAGCAUACGUAACGUCGUUUACUCAAAUGACGGGAACGUCGAUACCGUGUGGGUGACAAUCGAUGGUCUACACGCGCAGUCGUUUAAGACAGAGUAUUUAUCUGACAACGGGAAUGCUUGGAAUAAAUUCAAAUCUACCGGGCCUCUGCAAGGGAAAGUAAACUUGUACGCUGGUAAGCAUACAAUUAAAUUUAAUGCAACGGAGACCGACGACUGGGGUGUGGAAAUUGACAAUGUUGUCCUGCUUAUUGACGAUAACUGGUUACAAUACUCGGACAUUGUGUGUAAUCUGUAUUGCUUUGAUAUAAAACACGACGAUGUCCCAAGAAUGGAAUCCAUUCCGAAUGGGCGGUUUGUCCAGAAGUCGAUUUCAACUCAAUGUAGCGAGCAGGAUAAUAUCAAGAUUGAGGUGUACCACGAAACAGCCCAAGAUUUUGACAUCAUAGCGACUAAACCAAAGUACCUAAGCUUUGCGAACAACAGAGGUCCCGAUUAUAGUCAAUGUGUUUUGCCAAGCCCCUAUUGGGUUUUCAAAGAUAAGGUCAUAUCACCAUCAACGGCGGAGACAACAUAUGAUAACGCGUCUUUGACGUUUUCGGGAACGCAAGAUGCCGUGAAUGUAAACGUCGCUUUUAGUUUCAAAAAGAUUACACCCUCGAGGGAAAUUGACGAACGGUUAAUGAGUUCAAAUCUGUUCAUAAAGCUUAGAAAUCUUCCAAGAGAAAACCUUAAAAUAAAACCCGAGUAUAUGCAGGGCGGACGUUGGAAAGCUUUAGAUGAACUCGAAUUCACAACAUUCAGCACUGAGCACACGUGGCUGAUUCCAUCCCACUCGUGGUCUCCGAGUAGCGAUAACGAAAUCCGUCUGGUAGUAAAGCCCGGUCAACAACAAGUGGUAUUUGAUAUAAUCAAGCUAGAUGCAAGCAGACCGAAAGACGAGUUAGUGACACUGUAUGCUAGCUCGAAUGUCGUGUACCAAGGUGUCCGUCUGGGCUUCUGGCAACACUGGAAUGAACAUCCGGCCUCCAUGUCAGUAAACAUACAAGACGGAAGUAAUCCGGUGGAGUUCGCAAGGGUGGACAGCAUUCGCGUGUACGCCAAGGUUCCGUGGACGGGCGGUUACGCGCAGGUGCUCGUUUUGUUCCAGGAUGGUCGCACCCGGAUACAGGCAAUUACCCCUCAUGGGCUUGAUUAUAUCCCCUUCGGAGCGUCUGUUAACAUUGGUCAGCCCCAAAAUACGAGUGACCAUCGUCCAUACUCUCCUAUCUCGGUUGUAUCAAUUGAUCCGAAAUCUAACCGCUUGGUUUUGGAAUAUUACAACGGCAACAAAGCAACAUUGGAGUUUGAAGCCUCAUUCCUUGGAACCAGACUUAAAGUAAGGGACAUCAACUUCAAGAGUUCAAGAGUUACCCACCCAAUAAUGACUUUCCGUUCCAUGUGGGUAAAAGAUGGAAAAGCGGAUACCGAUCACGUGGUUAUUAAUGGUACCGUUUCACGCCAUAUUAGUGCAAAUUGGGUAGAGCUAAAUGGGAUUUCAGCGGUGUUCUAUCGGAGAUGUAUUUCUACGCAUAAUACCCAGGGCCCGGACAUUACGAUCAAGUUUUUAUCAAAGGAGGAUUGAUAAAAGCUAGACAUAAGCAGAGUACAGCAUAUAUUCUUAAUAUUUCAAUACUGCUUUGAUUUUUAGUUUCAUAACAUUUUAAGAAAAUUAUAAAUAUAAGUGAGAUGAUUUUUUUUCAUCGUUUGAAACAGUGAAAUAAUAAAGAGUUCUUCUCCAUAUCGGACUUAUAAAAACUUGACAAAAGCAGUGUUUAGCAUAUUUUCUUGAUCUUUCAAUACUGUAUCGAUUUUUUUUAUUAUAUUAGCUUUCAGGUGAUUUCUAAAAAAUAAUAAGUGAGAUGAAAAUGAUAUUUCACUGUUUGGAAUACAAUUUGAUAUGCUUUACGGUUUAAAAUUAAAGCCCGUUCGCACAAGGCUUAGUACAUAUUCAAUAACGUCGACGUUAUAGUUUGCAUACAAUUCUUGGUCGUUUUUUUACCAUUACUACAAUAAACCCACGAUAAAAAUUAUACUUAAUGCGUUCACGAGGUAAAAUAUAGAAGAAUUGUAAGUUCAAUUUCAACCGAAUUUUUAAUUCAAUAGUUUUCGCGCAGUUAGUCUUAUAGCAGAGGGAACUUAAAUCAUUAUCGGUCCACCACCCAUAAUGAUUGAAGUUCCCUCUGCUAUAAGACUAACUAUGGUAAAACGUCAUUUACUUAUUUUGCUAAAUCUGUAUGGAAUUCAAUACCGCUUUUUAUUCGCGAAUCAUCAUCAUUAUUUGCAUUCAAAAAACACCUUAUGACAAAACAAUGACUUAAGUGAAUGACUGUCUGUUAAAAUUGUUUGUUUAAAUGUGAUUUAUUAUUGUCUUUUAUAAUAUUGAACAUUGUACUGAGUAUAUGUUGUGUUUGAAUGUCGUUGUGUUUGUUAUUGUUUGAAUGAGAUUUUUAUACUAAUAUAUACUUUUGUAGAAUCCAUUGAAGACCACAUUGUAAAGAAGAUACGUAUGUAACUUAAUGUGUUAUAUUCAGGAAAUAAAGUUAUUAUUAUUAUUA